AUGUCGCUCUCCACUACCAUCGAGACCCCCGCUGGCAAAUACGAGCAGCCGCUGGGCUUGUUCAUCAACAACGAGUGGGUUAAGGGUGCCGAGGGCAAGACCUUCGAGACCAUCAACCCCUCCAACGAAAAGGUCAUCACCGCCGUCCACGAGGCCACCGAGAAGGAUGUCGACAUCGCCGUCAAGGCCGCGCGAGCUGCCUUCGAGGGUGUCUGGCACACCGUGACUCCCUCCGAGCGGGGUCGCAAGCUCAUCAAGCUGGCCGACCUGUUCGAGGAGCACAUGGACACCCUAGCCUCCAUCGAGUCCCUGGAUAACGGCAAGUCCAUGACUAUGGCCAAGGUCGACGUCACCAAUGCUGCGGCCUGUCUACGCUACUACGGUGGCUGGGCCGACAAGAUCCACGGCCAGACCAUCGACACCAACUCCGAGACGCUGUCCUACACCCGCCACGAGCCCAUUGGUGUCUGCGGUCAGAUCAUCCCCUGGAACUUCCCCCUCCUCAUGUGGUCCUGGAAGAUUGGCCCCGCCAUCGCCUCCGACCCCUCUGUCGGCGCUGUACGCCUGCAAGCUCAUCCUGGAGGCCGGCUUCCCCCCGGUGUCAUCAACAUGCUCUCGGGCUUCGGCCGCACCGCCGGUGCCGCCAUCGCCAACCACAUGGAUAUCGACAAGGUCGCCUUCACGGGCUCCACGGUGGUGGGCCGCGCCAUCAUGCAGGCCGCCGCCAAGAGCAACCUGAAGAAGGUCACCCUGGAGCUGGGUGGCAAGUCGCCCAACAUCGUCUUUGAUGAUGCGGACAUCGACAACGCCAUCUCGUGGGCCAACUUCGGUAUCUUCUUCAACCACGGCCAGUGCUGCUGCGCCGGCUCCCGCCUGCUGGUUCAGGAGGGCAUCUACGACAAGUUCGUGGCCCGCUUCAAGGAGCGUGCGGCCGCCAACAAGCUUGGAGACCCCUUCGCGGCCGACACCUUCCAGGGCCCACAGGUGUCGCAGCUCCAGUUUGAUCGCAUCAUGGAGUACAUCAACCACGGCAAGAACGAGGGUGCCACGGUCGCCCUGGGUGGUGACCGCCACGGCAAGGAGGGCUACUUCAUCCAGCCCACCAUCUUCACCGAUGUCACCCACGACAUGAAGAUCGCCCAGGAGGAGAUCUUUGGUCCCGUGAUUACGGUGCAGAAGUUCAAGGACGAGGCCGACGCUAUCAAGAUUGGCAACAGCACCAGCUACGGUCUAGCCGCUGCCGUGCACACCAAGAACGUCAACACCGCCAUCCGCGUAUCCAACGCCCUCAAGGCUGGUACCGUCUGGAUCAACAGCUACAACCUGAUCUCGUACCAGGCUCCGUUCGGUGGCUUCAAGACAUCUGGUCUCGGCCGUGAGCUUGGCUCCUACGCUCUGGAGAACUACACUCAGGUCAAGACGGUGCACUACCGCCUGGGAGACGCGCUGUUCGGUUAA